AUGCCUCCCCUCAAGCUCAACACAAAGAACCUCCCCCAAAUCCUGUCCGCCAGCAAGGGCGGCAUCAAGGCCCCCAACUAUGCCCGCGGUCGCUCCGUCAAGGAGGGCAUCGUCCACGUCGGCGUUGGUGGCUUCCACCGCGCCCAUUUGGCUGUCUACAUCGACCAGCUGAUGCAGAAGCACGGCAUGACCGACUUCGCCAUUGCCGGUGUUGGCCUCACCCCGUUUGACUCCAAGAUGCGCGACGUCCUCCGCUCGCAGGACCACCUCUACACCGUCAUCGAGCGCUCGGCCAAGGGCAGCUUCGCCAACAUUGUCGGCAGUAUCAACUCCUUCCUGCUUGCUGCUGACGACCGCGAGGCCGUCGUGGCCAAGAUGGCGCACCCGGACACCCGCAUUGUCUCGCUGACCAUCACCGAGAGCGGCUACUACUACAAUGAAAACACCCACGAGCUGCAGGCCGAGCACCCCGACAUCCAGUUUGAUCUCGAUCCGGCCAACGAAAAGACCCCCCGUACCACCUUCGGUUUCCUCUACGCUGCUCUCGCCCGCCGCCACGCCUCCGGCCAGAAGCCCUUCACCGUCAUGUCCUGCGACAACAUGCAGAAGAACGGCUCCAUCACCCGCCACAUGCUCGAGUCCUUCGCCCGCCUGCGCAACCCCGAGGUCGCCCGCUGGAUCUCCGAGAAGGGCGCGUUCCCCAACGCCAUGGUUGACCGCAUUACCCCCCAAACCGCACAAGGCGACAAGGACGUUCUCGCCGAGACCUUCGCCAUCCAGGACGACUGGCCCGUCGUGACCGAGCCCUUCAUGGACUGGGUCAUCGAAGACCACUUCUCCGACGGCCGCCCAGCCUUCGAAAAGGUCGGCGUCAAGGUUGUCAAGAACGUCCACGAUGUCGAGCAGUACGAGAAGCACAAGCUCCGCCUGCUCAACGGCUCCCACUCCGCCAUUGGCUAUGCCGGCCAGCUCGCCGGGUUCAAAUACGUCCACGAGGUCCUCGAACACCCCACCUACCGCAAGUUCCUCGUCCAGAUGAUGCAGGAGGAAGUCAAGCCCCUGCUCCCUGAGAUCCCGGGCGUCAACAUUGACGAAUACUGCGAGACCCUCAUCGAGCGCUUCUCAAACCCCACAAUCAUGGACCAGCUCCCCCGUAUCUGCCUCAACGCCUCCGGCAAGAUCCCUCAGUUCAUCAUGCCCUCCAUCGCCGAAGCCAUCUGGGUUACUGGGCCCUUCCGCCGCCUCUGCUUCGUUGCCGCCGCUUGGUUCCGCUACAUCCACGGUGUCGACGACGCCGGGAACAAGUUCGAGGUUGACGACCCCAUGCGCGAGCAGCUGCAGACUCUUGCCCGCGAGGGCGGCACCAAGCCCGCUGCUCUCCUGAGCGUCAAGAACCUGUUCGGUGACGAUCUCCGCGGUGACGAGCGCUUCAUCCAGGAGAUCACGCGGGCGAUGGAGGACAUUGCUCGGGACGGCGUCAUGAAGACGAUGCCCAAGUAUGUUGACUAA